AUGAGAAGUAGAAUAGCAAAUGAUACCUCUAACCCUAGAGCCAGAGGUGUAACGGGGAAAGCGUUCGAAAACCAAGACAUAGAGAAAAUAAUAAAUGGUCCUUACAAGGAUGGCAAUCAUUACCAGAAGCAAGGCAGAAAAGACACACAACAAGCUGGUAAUAUUGGUGAAAGCACUAGCACACCAUCUUGUUUGCCAUCUGCAGCUCCUUCUAUUCAACCUUCCAGUCGCACAUCAAGCACAGCAAUAGCUAGUGUAUCUUCAUCUUCUGCUAUGACUAGGAAGCCCAAACCUACACUAGCUCUUUUCCCUCCUUCUUUAGCACAGCUAGCUAUAGAAGCCCAUACUCAAAUGUGUUUUCAUAUCUCAACAAAUGAAGGAUUCCCUGCUUCUAAUAUACACUCUGAUAUCUCAUGGCAAAUAAUCACUGAAAGCUCCAAGAUUAGCAACAGCUUUGAAUCCAAAUUAAGGGAGGUUGAAGAAAAUGAAGCGUUGAAAAUCUUCAUGAUGGAUUAUGUAUGGUCUGCUGGGCCCCAAAUACGGGGAGAGGUUGUAGCCAAAGUCAGACUCAUGAUCAAUGGUGCAUAUGGUAUCCCAGGGGAUAUGUCUCCUGGAGAAAUCAAACUUGCUGUUCAGUGGUUGAUUGAUACAUGCACAUUUACUGAUGGGGACCUUGAUAUCAAAGUGUGA